AUGUGUAACACUAAAAAGUUACAACAAAAAUUGAACUUGCAAAGAACUGACAACAUUGUAUCUUCUAUUCUUGCAAACCCUCAAUCUAAGCGUUCUUCUGCAAGAUUUAGGUCUCUUCAGGGAACAGGAGCAGGUGCGUGGCUUGACUCAAUACCACAAUCAGCGAAGUUUGCAUUAAAGCCUGGCGAGUUUCGUCUUGCAACACGCUUGAGACUGGGUUGUGAAAUGCCCUUGGGAUCUGUUGUGUCAACCUGUGAAUGCGGAAAAGAUGUUGACAGAGAUGGCUAUCACCUUCUAACAUGCAAGAGCGGGGGCGGACCUGUCUGGACUCACGAAACACUGUCCAGUGUAUGGAGCAGCUGCCUACAACAACUUAAAAUGACACACCAAAGGGAACCAAGGAAUUGCUACAUUAAUAGUAAUGAUAGACCUGAUAUCAUUGCAUUUGAUGCACAAUCUGGUUGCGAUAUCGAAUUGGACAUUUCUGUGGCUCACCCAUGGGCACAACAGAUUCUUUCUCAAGCAGCUUUGGAAGAUGGUGCAGCUGCAUCCAAAAGAGAGCUUGAAAAGGCACAGAAAUAUGGUGGUGAGUGGAACAUGUGGGGUCGCACCUCUAACUGCAUUGCCUUGGUUUUCGAACAUUUUGGAAGAUGGGGACAAGAUGCUGUUGACUUUCUCAAUCGCUUGUCACACCAGUCAACAGAUGAAGAUGGAAGAUCAAAUGGCAGAGAGUUCAAGACGUACUGGCGUCGCUGUUUAUCAAUAGCUUUACAAAGAUGCAAUGCUAAUGUUUUAUGUAAAAAAUUAGGAAGAGUAGUACGAUCAAAGGACUCAACUGAACCGUGUUUUGCUAAUUAGAUAGAUUGAUAAAGUAGCCCAUUAUGGGCUCUUAGACUUUGUGAUUUUAGUUCUAAUUGUCUUAGACUGUAAUAGCGAUGAUGUGUGAAAAUAUAUGUAUUGA